AUGUAUGCAGUGACGCCUCCUCAAAGAUCCGAUUUGGGAUCCAACUACGGUUUGCGGGUCUAUCAAACAUGGAAAGGAAGCAAUAUAUUUUGUCUUCAGGGAAGGUUUAUAUUCGGGCCAGACGCAAGAUCACUUGGUCUGACAAUAAGUCUCAUCGUGGUCCCUGUUAUAGUGUUCUGCAUCUUCGUUGCAAGCAAGCUAAUGGAUGACUUCUCUGAUACUUGGGGACUCUCAAUAGUCUCUGUCGCUGUUGUCUUCACCAUUUAUGACAUCAUUCUUCUGAUGCUUACAUCCGGAAGAGAUCCAGGGAUUAUCCCAAGAAACUCUCAUCCCCCUGAGCCUGAAGUUAUCGAUGGAAACUCAGGGACAAGCCAAACUCCAAGACUCCCUCGAGUAAAGGAAGUAGAAGUUAACGGAAACAUAUUUAAGGUCAAGUACUGUGACACUUGCAUGCUCUACAGACCACCUCGCUGCUCGCAUUGCUCUAUCUGCAACAACUGUGUUGAAAGAUUUGACCAUCACUGUCCUUGGGUUGGUCAAUGUAUUGCCCAAAGGAAUUAUCGGUUCUUCUUCAUGUUUGUCUUCUCCACGACUCUUCUCUGUGUAUACGUGUUGGCCUUUUGCUGUGUCUAUAUAAGGAAGAUUAAAGAAUCUGAAGAUAUAACCAUUUGGAAAGCAAUGCUCAAAACUCCUGCCUCCAUUGCUCUUAUAAUCUACACAUUCAUAUGUAUGUGGUUCGUUGGAGGCUUAACAUGCUUCCAUCUCUAUCUCAUCAGCACUAAUCAGACUACAUAUGAGAAUUUCAGAUACAGUUAUGACCGGCGUAGCAACCCACAUAACAAAGGAGUGGUUGAUAACUUUAAAGAAAUCUUCUGUUCUGCGAUACCUCCUUCAAAGAACAGUUUCAGAGCUAUGGUACCUAGGGAAGCUCCAAUGCCGCCAAGAUCAGCUGUUGGCGGCGGUUUUAUGAGUCCAAACAUGGGAAGAGGUAACGAUGAGAUUGAAAUGGGGAGGAAAGGUGUUUGGGCAAUGGCUGAACAUGGUGAUGACAAGAACGUUGGUAACAAUGAGCGGUUUCAUGUCAACGACGAUGAGUUAGGUGACAUUAGGACCACAACGGAUGAUGAUGAACAAAGUGGUAGUAGGCCUAACAUUCACCCUAGGCACUCAAGCUGGGAGAUGUCACCAGAGGUUAUGGCCUUAGCAUCAAGAAGAACUUAGAAACAUCCCAAGAGCAAAAGAUUGAGUUGUGUUUCAAAAUGUGUUUUGGAAUGUGUUUUGUAUGAUUUUCAGCUUUAUUUAUUGAUGUAUUUUGAGUUGUUCAGAGAAAUCAAUUGUGAAUUAGUUUGAUUUCUCAGAUGUUAUGAGUGCUUUUAUUAGUUGUGUUCAGACAGUUAAAUCUCAAAUCAUUGAGUUCUAUUGUAAUCUAUUGUUUUAACAGCACUUGUCUUUCAAACAAAAUGAAUACAGACGAUUUUGCACUGUAUUA